GGGAGCCUCCUACCUAUUGUCUGAGUUGCCUGGCAGCCAUAUUGCUAUGGAGAUGAUUGUACACUCAAGGCCUUCAGACCGAGAGGACAGGCUGGCACAGGCUUUGAGAGUGGCAGAAGAGGAGAUGCUGGCUAGCAGGAAACCAUUGUCUUGUCUUGGAUCCCAAGGUUACCUUGACACAGCUAGACUGAGACUAACAUUUCUGUUAACAAAGUGGCCAAAACCUCACUGAAUUCCCCUGAAGCAUCUGAUCCAAGACGCUGCGACAGGCCAAGAUGUCUAAAGCUGACGCUCUGCAGAGGAGGAAAUCUAGCGGAAAAUCCAAGAAGCCUUUGCCGACCAGCAAUGCAAAGAAAAUGACUCCCGAGCAAAUGGCGCGCUUCUUGACGUUUGCCGACCCCAGCGACCCCAAGGUGAAAUCCAUGUUGGCAGAUGUGAUCAUGGCCAGGAGGGCUGUCAGUGAGGAGGAAAAGGAAACGGAGCAGAAGAAACUUGUUGGGGUCCUCAAGUCCGCCGAGGCUCGGAACCGCCUUCGAAAUGCAAGACUCCAGUAUCAGAAUCUGAGAGCACAAGAGAUCAACUUCCUGAUUUCCUUCCAGAGGACUGCUAAAGGUGCUGUGAGACUGGAAGUUUUCCUCCCGCCCAGGAAGAAUCUUGCUAGGCUAGUGGACUGCAUGGAUACCGUUCAGAGGGGUCGAAUUGAAGAGAUCCUGGAGGAUGAAAAUGGCGAGAUUUUUAUCCGAAGGCCUUGAACCCAGCAUAGAACCAUGCAGCAUACAGAGAACAGGAUAUGAUAAGAGGCCCACCAGAGAAUGCAUCUCUGGAAGGCUGCAAUUUAGCAAAGUUAAUGCUGUUCAAUAAAUGUGGAUUCUUAUCAGUGGCUACAUACACACAUUGCAGAGCUCCAUUUCAGAUGUACAUCUGAUGCUGUGCAUGGAGUGUUGUACCUGGAGAUAAGAGAUAUGGGGUCCACUAAGGUGAACCAGUCAGGCAGGUGGUUUUUUUCAGCCUAACCUACCGCACAGGGUUGUUGUGUGAGGACAAACAAGAUGCCACUUUAAAGUACUUUCUGUUCCAUUGUAAGAGGAGGAGUUCUCAGCCAUGACUCUCCAGAUGUGUUGGACUACAACUCCCAUCAUCCCAGACACUGGCCAAUGGCUUAGAACAGGGGUUCCCAACCGCGGCUCUCCAGAUGUUGUUAGAUCAGCUAUUGUGGUUGGGAGUUAUAGGAGUUGUAGCCCAACAACAUCUGGAGAGUCACAGUUCAGAAUGCUUGGCUUAGAACAUGUUUCUAAUAUGUUUAAACAUGCCAGAAACAGCUGGUACAUUCUGCAUAGAGGGGAGGAUCCCACAGAGGCUCUAUUUCAAGCCUUUGCCCCAGGAAAUUCAGCAGUGCCUGAGUAAAGAGGUACCAGCACUGCUGCAAUGGCCAGCCAUACAUCCCGAGGGAUAUUGUCUCCUAUGCUUCAAGGCCCUUUGCUACACCAACUAGUGAGUAAAUUGAUUUGUGAGUCAUUCCCACUCCUAGAAACAUUUUGCUGGCACAUUUACCAAGGAAUAGAUUGUUUUGUUCUGUCCCUCACUGCUUCUCAAGACAAUAAAUACCUGUCGGACCGCAUUCGCCCGUAUGGACCUGCCUGGUCCCUCUGUUCAGCAUCUCGGGGCCCUGCUCAUGGCCCCACCACUAAUGGAGACCCAGCUGGCGGGAACUAGAGACUGGGCCUUUUCGGUUGUGGUCCCUCAACCUUGGAAUGCCUUCCUGGAAGAGCUUUGCCAUGCUCCCUCCCUCAGCGUUUUAAAGAAACAACUGGAGAUGUAUCCUUUUGGAGAGGCUUUUAAAUAUUUUAUACUCUGCUUUUAUCUGGUAGGUUUCUUAGUGUUUAGUUUUUCAUUGAUAACUUAUAAUUUCCCUUUUUAAAAAUUUGUUGUUUUGAUGGUGGUUUUAGCCUGGUGUUUUAGUUGUUGGUUUUUUAACCUUAUUAAUUUUUAUUCUGUAUUGUAUUUUAUAUUGUGUCUGUUUUAUUAAUGUUGUAAGCCACCCCGAGCAGUCGUGCUCUGAAGGGGCGGGAUAUACAUCCUUUAAAUAAUAUUAAUAAAUAGGGCAAGAAGUGUUCAUUUUGCUGUAGCAAGCUUCGUGCUGUGCAGGCAUUCAUGUCAGCCCACGGUCUCCCCACCCUCCCCUCCUUUUGAAAUCACUCUGCAUUUACACUCGAAUAUCUCAACACCUGUGACCCCGUCCGCCCACCCACGGUCCUGAACAGGAUGCGGAAUCUGCAUGCCUGUGAGAACACAAAUUGUGGUAGAUCAGCAGCCCUAUGGGUAAACCCUGUACGCACAUUGUCAACAUCCACUCAAGGCUUAGAAUGGAUGCUGGAGCUCAGCCUUGUCCCCCUUAAACUCCUUGCCUGAUUCAUAGCAGUUAAAGAAGUUAAAUUGAAUUCUUAAAGCAUGUUAGUGAUUGGGAGCCUGAAACCAGGAGCAGCUAGACCCAGAUAAACCUGUGUCCCAGAAGGAGGGGAGGGGGCACACCUUGAGGAGGGCCCACAGCCCAGAGUGUAUGCUUUGCAUUUGGAAGGUCCCAGGUCCAAUCCCUGACAUCUCUGCAACAGCCCACCUGACAGUGCCCCAAAACUACCCCCCUUUUGGUGCCCCAAAACUGCCCCCCUUUGGGUGCCCCAAAACUACCCCCCUUUUUUUACACCAAAGUGCCCAGAGCAGCUGAGCCGUGGGGGCUUUUAGGAUUAGACACACCAGACGCAGGCCAGCAGUUACAAAAUCAAAAGGGGGUUUAUUUUACCAAAGGGGUAAAGGCCUGGGUCUGAAGAGGAGUGGGAGGAGAGAGUAGUGUCAAUGCCAUGCAUUAAGCCAAAGAUAAUAAAGAAGCUAACUAGCCUCAGCUAGCAGCUCCUUGUGGACUACUCCAGGAGUCAAGGCAGAUUGAGUGCUGACUCUUCCAGUUCCACCAGGGUGCUUUCCAGCUUAGCUGCUCAACAGCAGCAAAAUGCUUCCAUUCAGGCAAAUCGCUUUCAAAACGUAAACAGCAGGGGGAGCAGUCUCGUGGAAACUAAUAACCCGAAAAAAACCAGCAACUUCUUUACACUGGAUAUAUGACAUCAUAGCACUAUAUCGUAGUGAUUAAAUUCAAAACAAAGCAUUAGAAAUAUGAGCAGCACCCUGCUGUCAGUGAAGGGACUGCGUGUCACAACACAGGAAGUGUGGAAACACACUUCCGAGAUUUGUCAUGACCCAAUUGCAGGGUGUAAUCUGGAAAGCACCCAGGCAGGCCGACUCCAACUCCGACUCCUCCUUUGAAUUAGACUUCCCAGGGACACACACGGGCACUCCAGGGUCUGUCCAAUCACUGUGAAACUGUGCAAGGCUUCCAAGGCUUUGCCUGCAACAUUUUGCUAAACACAAACUAAAGGGGGUUGCAAAACAUAGGAGCGAGAGGUCUACACUCCACGAGGGCAAGGACUUUGCUACAAUCUCCACCAGAAUGUAGCUCAGGUAGUGAGGCUACGAGAGAUCUCUGCCACCUUGAGAAAUUCUUGGAAUAGAGAAUGGCUCGGUCCUCACAAUUAUCCAAUGCUUGCUUGCUCACUCACUUGCUCUCUCACUCUCUAUAUCUGUCUGUCUGUCUGUCUAUCUAAUUUAUUAGAUUUUUCUACCACCUUUCAUUAAAACAAUCUCAAGGCGGUUGACAAAACAUGUGAAUCAAUAUAAAACUAUUAAACAGUUAAACAGUGCAAAUAUUAAAUUGGGAUAUAAAAAUACAAACUGAAUUAAAAGUUUAAAAAACAUACACCAUUAGACCAUAGAAUACAGAGCAGCCACAACAAAAAACAGCACUCAUAUACUGAGUGUUCAGCUUUAAUGUGGGUUAUCACCAUUAGCGUGAUUGUGUGGAUCCAUGCCAAGGUGAUUUAUGGCCCAAGUUGAAUCUGAGAGUCCCACCUUGGCAUGGGUUCACACAACCAUGCUAAUAGAGAUAACCCACAUUAAAGCUAGAUUCAAAUGAUUGUGUGAACGAGGCCAAUGUUAGGCUAGCCCAGGGGUUUUCUAAGAGGUGUGGCCUCUUUUUCUCCCGGUGCAUGGGCUUAUCUUGGAACUGAACCCAGGAUGUCUUGCACCCAAAGCAAGCAAGCAUGCCCUAAACUCUGGAUAAGCUCAGCAGGAAAUGGCAGUGUAUGAUAUGUUGUUCCCCUUUUUCCUUCUAGAAGCGAGUUUCAAGGCUGAGAGAAGUUUUGAACUCAGAUCUCCCCAGUCCUAGUGUGAAACUAGUCACCACAACAUGGCAGUUGUCUUAGCACAUGAGUAUAUAAAGCAGUAUCCUAUGAAGGGUGGUCAUGCCAGGUUUUACUUGAUAUGGUAAACAAAUAUAUGAGUUGUGUAGUUUAAUACUGAGUUGUAAAAAGGUGAGGGUUUCUCUUACUUUUGGUAUUCGGUUAUGUACAGUAUGUUGGAGUGGGGAUUCCAGUCCAUGUUGAUGAUAAAGCUAUGAAACCAAAAGAUGGCUAUUUUCAUUAAAAACAUAGUGUAUAUCUAUUAGCUAUAUAUUUAAUUCUCUAAAGCAUACCUGUGGCUAAUCCCAUACCUGUGGCUAAUCUGUAUUCUCUGCAAUGAGCUCUUUCUUGACCUAAAGAGAUUGUAGGAGCUCAAACACCUGUCACGCCUCUCGUUUGUAAAGGUUAGUUUUGCAUAUGUGAAGAUAAGACUCUGUAGACUGACUGUAAUCCAAUAAAAAGAACAAGGAACCA